CAGCCGGACAGACCGACAGACAGGCACGCAGCCGGCGGCAGCACCGCCGCCCGCGCCGGGCUCGCUGCGGACCAUGGCACCGGGGCUGCAGCUCGGCUCCUUCCUGCUGGCCCUCGCCGCCUGCCUCGGCGCUGCCCGGCUCGCUGCGGGAGCGGCCGGCGGCAGGAGGGCCCCGGCGGCCGAUGCGUGCGCAGGGAGGGGACUGUCAUCAGUCACAAAGAACAAUGGACUGCUCAACAUCACCUUUAAAUAUGACAACUGCACUCCGUAUCUGAGUUCAGUGGGAAGACACAUGAUUGGAGAUGUGCAGAACAUCACUAUCAGUCAGUUUGCAUGCCAGGAACAGGUGGCUGUGGUGAUCCUUUGGACAGCAAAUGCCAUUGGGAUUGAAUACCUGAAAGGAUUUCGAGUAAUACUUGAGGAGUUAAAAUCAGAGGGAAGACAAUGCCAGCAGAUGGUUUUAAAAGAUCCAAAGCAGCUCAGCCCCAGUUUUAAACGAACAGGAAUGGAGUCCCAGCCCUUUGUAAACUUGAAGUUUGAAACAGAUUACUUUGUAAAGAUUGUUCCUUUUCCUUCCAUUAAAAAUGAAAGUAAUUAUCACCCAUUUUUCUUCAGAACUAGAUCAUGUGAAUUGUUGCUACAGCCAGAAAACCUUGUCUGCAAACCUUACUGGAAGCCAAGGAAUGUGAAUGUUACCCAGCAAGGUUUUAACAUGCAAGUGUCCUUUGAUCAUGCCCCUCACAACUUUGGGUUUAGGUACUACUUUCUUCACUACAAACUGAAGCAUGAAGGACUGUUUAAGCAAAAGACCUGCAGACAGGAGCAGAACACAGACACUACAAGUUGUGUGCUUCAGAAUGUGUCUCCAGGGGAUUAUAUCAUUGAGCUGGUUGAUGACACUAAUACAACAAGGAAAACAAUGCACUAUGCACUAAAACCAGUGCACUCUCCCUGGGCUGGCCCCAUCAGAGCCAUUGCCAUCACAGUGCCUUUGGUUGUCAUCUCUGCCUUUGCCACGCUCUUCACCGUGAUGUGCCGCAAGAAACAGCAAGAAAAUAUAUAUUCCCAUCUAGAUGAGGAGAGCUCAGAAUCUUCAGCAUAUGCUGCAGGUCUCCAUGUGGAAAGACUUCGACCCCGGCCAAAAGUGUUCAUCUGCUAUUCCAGCAAAGACUGCCAGAAACACAUUAAUGUCAUCCAGUGCUUUGCUUAUUUUCUUCAGGACUUCUGUGGCUGUGAGGUGGCUUUAGAUUUGUGGGAAGAUCUGAAAAGCUGUAAAGAAGAUCAGAAGGAGUGGCUUAUUAAAAAAAUAAAUGAGUCACAGUUUAUCAUCAUUGUGUGUUCCAAAGGAAUGAAAUACUUUGUUGAAAAAAAGAACUGGAAGCACAGAGGAGUAGCCAAAGAUGCAGGAAAAGGAGAACCCUUUCUCUUUGCUGUGUUGACAGUUGCAGAGAAGCUUCGUCAGGCCAAGCAGAACUCAGCUGACCUCUGCAAGUUCAUUGCAGUCUACUUUGAUUACUCCUGUGAGGGAGACAUCCCUGCCAUUCUGGAUCUGAGCACAAAAUACAAACUCAUGGACAAUCUCCCCCAGCUCUAUUCACACUUACACUCCAGAGAUCUUAGUGUGCAGGAUUCAGAGGGGUUUCCUGUUAACAUCAGUAAAAGGAAUUAUUUCAGGAGCAAAUCUGGGAGGUCCCUUUAUGUUGCUAUUUGCAACAUGCAUCAGUUCAUUGAUCAGGAACCAGAUUGGUUUGAGAAACAAUUCAUUCCCUUCCCUCCACCUUCUUUACACUACUCGGAGCCUGUCAUGGAAAAAUUUGAUUCAGGCUUGGUUUUAAAUGACUUGGUGAAUAAACAGGUGAUGGAUAGUGAUUUUUACCUGAAAACAGAUCUAAACAUUUCAGUGGGGAAUUCAGACUCUCACUGUAUCAUUCAGCACUUAAACCUUGGAGAAGAUAUAGAAACUCAGGACAUUCAGGGUGGUGGCAGCUCUGUCCUUCAGCCAUUGCUACAUCUUGUUAAAGCUUCAAAUCUGAAAGACAUGCCUCGAGAUUCUGGGAUCUAUGAUUCAUCUGUCCCUUCAUCUGAAUUAUCUUUACCUUUAAUGGAAGGACUAUUGACAGACCAAAUGGAAACAUCUUCCAUUACAGGAAGUGUUUCUUCAUCAUCAGGUUUAGGGGAAGAAGAACCUCCUGUAAUGACUGCUACAAAGUUCUUAGUGCCUGGAAUAUGUAAAGCAGAACUUCAUUGCCACAUCCACACUGAUGAACUGCAGGCAAUUGCUCCUUUAUAAUACAUUACAACAUUGUUAUGCAUUGCCACUUUAUCAACAGCCUCUGAUUGUGCUUUAACUACCACACUGUCUCAGCACCAAAUCUACGUGAAGGAACAAACUGCCCCUGAAGAAGAUCUGUUAUUCCAUUUUUUGUGGCCAGUAAACUUGAAUCUGUUGGUAUUUUUAUAAAAACUCUUUCAUGAUUUGAAAAAUGUAGCAUGGAAAACCAGAAGAGCAUACAUUUAAAAUAAUUCCUGUUAUAAUUUAAAUGUCAUUAGAUUACACUGUUUACAGAUGCUAUAAUCAAAAUGUACUAUUUUUUGCUAGGAAUAACUUUGCAACUGGGCAUAAAAUAGUUUGGAACAUUAAGCCUUAGGAAA